AUUGGAAAUAAAUAAAAUACUCGUUAAUUAACAAGCUUAGCCAAAGCACUGCCAUAUGUCGAAAGGCGACAAAACGCUGAAGUACGAGAAUGUUAACGGAGUCAUGUUAUCACUCAGAGUGGACGGUAGAAACAGUUCGCCGAAAUCCAGACAGUUUACCAUAUCAUACAGCAGCAGUAAUGAGGAACGUAAAUCAAAUUGGUCCAUAAUUUCGCUAUUAAUAGCUAUACUGGCCAAUAUUGUCUUUCUUAUUUACGUUCGAAUCAAUUUGACUAUACUGGUAGUGAUAGUUACAGUUUUAUCAUUUAUAGUAUUCUUUUGGGUUACGCACAGUGUUCAGUCAGAGACACUGUUAGUCAUUCCAACUGUGGGAAUACAAAGCUCAGUGCAAUAUGUCGUUGGCCGGGAAGACAACUUUGUGCCGUGGACCAAAAUAGAUGACAUCAUUAUUAAUGAAGCUAUUAAGCUGAAUCGUGUUCUGUAUUUCCUAACCUUAUUAGUUAAAAUCAAUAGUGAUUAUGAGCCAGUAAAAUUAAUACCAUUAUUCAAGUACACCAAGCCACGGCUUCUGAUGCUGGAGAGCAUUUACAAGGAGAUCCAGGAUCUGCUAACAGAACAGGCCAUUGGUGCCGGAGAUAUAGGAAACUAAUUUAACACAGUCAAAUACUGUAACUACAAGAUGG